AUGUUCAGCACCGAGACGCUUGACUGGGACCACAACAACACCGAGACGCUCCUGUCGACACUGAUCCAGGACUGGGACCACAACAACACCGAGACGCUUCUGUCGACACUGAUCCAGGACUGGGACCACAACAACACCGAGACGCUUCUGUCGACACUGAUCCAGGACUGGGACCACAACAACACCGAGACGCUUCUGUCGACACUGAUCCAGGACUGGGACCACAACAACACCGAGACGCUUCUGUCGACACUGAUCCAGGACUGGGACCACAACAACACCGAGACGCUUCUGUCGACACUGAUCCAGGACUGGGACCACAACAACACCGAGACGCUCCUGUCGACACUGAUCCAGGACUGGGACCACAACAACAACACCGAGACGCUCCUGUCGACACUGAUCCAGGACUGGGACCACAACAACACCGAUACGCUUCUGACUGGGACCACAACAACACCGAGACGCUUCCUGUCGACACUGAUCCAGGACUGGGACCACAACAACACCGAGACGCUCCUGUCGACACUGAUCCAGGACUGGGACCACAACAACACCGAGACGCUUCUGUCGACACUGAUCCAGGACUGGGACCACAACAACACCGAGACGCUUCUGUCGACACUGAUCCAGGACUGGGACCACAACAACACCGAGACGCUUCUGUCGACACUGAUCCAGGACUGGGACCACAACAACACCGAGACGCUUCUGUCGACACUGAUCCAGGACUGGGACCACAACAACACCGAGACGCUUCUGUCGACACUGAUCCAGGACUGGGACCACAACAACACCGAGACGCUCCUGUCGACACUGAUCCAGGACUGGGACCACAACAACACCGAGACGCUUCUGUCGACACUGAUCCAGGACUGGGACCACAACAACACCGAGACGCUUCUGUCGACACUGAUCCAGGACUGGGACCACAACAACACCGAGACGCUUCUGUCGACACUGAUCCAGGACUGGGACCACAACAACACCGAGACGCUUCUGUCGACACUGAUCCAGGACUGGGACCACAACAACACCGAGACGCUUCUGUCGACACUGAUCCAGGACUGGGACCACAACAACACCGAGACGCUUCUGUCGACACUGAUCCAGGACUGGGACCACAACAACACCGAGACGCUUCUGUCGACACUGAUCCAGGACUGGGACCACAACAACACCGAGACGCUCCUGUCGACACUGAUCCAGGACUGGGACCACAACAACACCGAGACGCUCCUGUCGACACUGAUCCAGGACUGGGACCACAACAACACCGAGACGCUCCUGUCGACACUGAUCCAGGACUGGGACCACAACAACACCGAGAGGCUCCUGUCGACACUGAUCCAGGACUGGGACCACAACAACACCGAGACGCUCCUGUCGACACUGAUCCAGGACUGGGACCACAACAGCACCGAGAGGCUCUGUCGACACUGA